AUGAGCCCCACAACCAUCUCCACAGUGCCCGAGACCUCGACCGCGGACAUCUACUUCAUGUCUUCUCGAGCCCGAAACAAGUUGGCCCGAGAGUCAUACAAGCCCGAGCUCAAUCUGCGAAAGCUCGUGGCACACGCCAAUCUCAUGGACUCGCUCUACGACGAGCUGGAGUACCGACGAUCGCGAUACCAGGUGCAAUUUGUUGAGCCUGCCAAGCCCAUGCGAAAGGCCCCCUCGGCACCCACACCCAUGGAAGACAUUCCCGAAUACGAGUCUUCGGACGAAGAGACUGAGAGCGAGGAGGAGAGCGAGGAGGAGGACGAGCAGGACAACUACUCUAUGACGGUGGACAACAACGUGCACAUUUUUGGCGAGCCUGACACAGACGUUAUGGCGGACGCGACUUUUGCCACCCAUCACAAGGUUCAAAGCUCCGAUAAUCUCACUUUCAACGAGAUGCUCCUGCAGCAAUAA